AUGGAUGUAUUGCAAUCUAAAGAAUUUCUGUCUUUGUCGCCCGUAGUCCUUCGAGAAAUCCUCAUUCGUGACACGUUUUAUGCCAGAGAAUUCGAUAUAUUCAGUGCGGUUAGUCGCUGGAUCCAAAAGAACGGAAAACACCUGGAUCGUGAUGCAAAAACUAAAGUUUUAUCUGCUGUCCGAUGUCCGUUGAUGAGUGAUGAAGAACUGACGACGGUUUGGGAAUCACGACUGAUUAGUUUGGAUACAAUUUCGGGUGCCAAACUAUUAAGAAACACCGGGCGACCACAUAAGAUUGGGUUUCGAGCACAGCGAAAACCCAAUGUAAAUCUUGCUGAGGGUUCUUCGGUUACAUAUAACAAUAACGGUGGUACUAUGAUAAGGUUGAGUCAUCCAUCAACCAUAAACUAUAUCAAAAUAAUAUUACCUGAUGAAGAUUUAGCUUAUUACAUUGAUGUUUCAAUGGGCGAGAACGAUUGGGUGAAGGUUAUAGAUUAUUCAGAUUAUAUUUGCCGUUCAGUUCAACGUUUGUGGGUUUAUCCAAUUGCAGCAUGGUAUAUUCGUAUAGUAUAUAUUCGAACCAAAAAUACUGUUAAUAAACCAUGCAAAUUUGUUGAAAUCUCGUACAAAACAAACAGACGUCACUUGGUGGAAAUCGAAGAUGGACUAGUUGCUCCAAAAUGCAAUGUUGUUUCGUCGUCUAAGAAUGCAAUUAUACUCAAAGGGGAAAGUCGUUUUGACAAUUAUACGCUAUUGGACCACUUAAAUACAUGCGAUAUGUAUGACAGGCAUACUUGGCAUAAGCUGGGAUCGGGUUGUAUAUUGGUUCAGCUACCACAACCUUAUAUGCUUAGUUCAAUGAGGAUGUUGCUGGAAAUCGAUCCAGACGAGUUAAUAUUCUUCAAGUACACUAUCGAAGUAUCGGUAAAUAACAAAGAAUGGAAAAUAAUCGCAAAUAAAACUAAAAGGGAGACACAAUCAAUGCAGUUGUUGAACUUUGAUCCUACCCCGAUAGUGUUUAUCCGAAUUACUGGCGUCCACUGUUCAGAUGGCGAUGAGUUUCGUUGUGUAUAUUUAGAGGCUCCCGCUAAAGUAAAGUUAGAUUCCGACGAUGACAGCGACGAAACAGAUGAUCCGAUGUCAGGUGCAUCAGAUUAUAGCUACAGUCAAUAA